GGCCGUCCCGAAACUUGCUCCACCCGCCGCGGGUGCUAGGCAGUGCUGCCCAUGGCCCAACCCAGGAGCCUAUUUAGGGCGCCCGACGGACGGGACGGUGGCGCCGCUCAGUAAUUGAAGGCCUGAGGCACCGAUGUGCCACUGACUGGGAGGCUUCCCUGCUGCGGCGCUUCAUGACCCAGCGGCGCGCGGCCCAGUGAAGCCGCCGUGGUGUCCAGCAUGGCCGCGCUGCUCCUGGGCGCGGUGCUGCUGCUGGCCCAGCCCCAGCUAGUGCCUUCCCGCCCCGCGGAGCUGGGCCAGCAGGAGCUUCUGCGGAAAGCCGGGACCCUCCAGGAUGACGUCCGCGAAGGCACGGCCCCGAACGGCUCUGCCCAGCAGCUGCCGCAGACCAUCAUCAUCGGCGUGCGCAAGGGCGGCACGCGUGCGCUGCUGGAGAUGCUCAGCCUGCACCCCGACGUGGCGGCCGCGGAGAACGAGGUCCACUUCUUCGACUGGGAGGAGCAUUACAACCACGGCUUGGGCUGGUACCUCAGCCAGAUGCCCUUCUCCUGGCCUCACCAGCUCACGGUGGAAAAGACCCCCGCGUACUUCACGUCGCCCAAAGUGCCUGAGCGAGUGCACAGCAUGAACCCGUCCAUCCGGCUGCUGCUCAUCCUGCGAGACCCGUCGGAGCGCGUGCUCUCCGACUACACCCAAGUGUUCUACAACCACAUGCAGAAGCGCAAGCCCUACCCGUCCAUCGAGGAGUUCCUGGUGCGCGACGGCCGGCUCAACGUGGACUACAAGGCCCUCAAUCGCAGCCUCUACCACGUGCACAUGCAGAACUGGCUGCGCUUCUUCCCGCUGCGCCACAUCCACAUCGUGGACGGCGACCGCCUCAUCAGGGACCCUUUCCCCGAGAUCCAAAAGGUCGAGAGGUUCCUGAAGCUGUCGCCGCAGAUCAAUGCCUCGAACUUCUACUUUAACAAAACCAAGGGCUUUUACUGCCUGCGGGACAGCGGCCGGGACCGCUGCUUACAUGAGUCCAAAGGUCGGGCGCACCCCCAGGUGGAUCCCAAACUACUCAAUAAACUGCACGAAUAUUUUCAUGAGCCAAAUAAGAAAUUCUUCGAGCUUGUUGGCAGGACAUUUGACUGGCACUGAUUUGCAAUAAGUUAAGCUCAGAAACUUUCCUACUGUGCCAAAUAUCUUCCAUCCUAAGAGGUAUGUCCCAGCUACAGGAAGGGCAAGAAGAAGCCUGCAUUUUUCUCAGCAGUGUUAUCAGGGAAGUGAGUCACCUUGGUAUGUUUCAGCAGCUCCAGCCCGACCUGACCUUAGCAUGGCCUGUGCCCCACCCUAUAUCAUGCACAGAGAGCAGAGAGGAUGCCCUCCUCUUUAAAAUCCAUUAAAGUUGUCAUUAAACCAUCAUCUCCCCAGAGGAAGUAGCAAAAAUCUUUACAGCAGGCUCCUGGUGGACAUGGUACUUUUCAAUAGCCAGAGAGCCUCCCUCUGCAGUGCGUCAUUGGAUCUUGCUUUUAUCACACUUGUUGAAGAGCUGAAGAAAUAAGAGGGCCCAGAAAGGUUAAGUCAAAUUUCCAAACCUGUUCAGGAAUAUGGUGACUGAAAGGAAAGUGCAGUGAGAGUCUCUGACUCUGAAGAAGAUGUUCUUUGCAAACUGCCUGUAAGUCCUGUGCCCUAACAGGGAUGGUCUAGUUGAAGCAUGAACUGUUGGUGCAAGAGCUGGGGGUAGGAGUGGAGGAAGACAGGACCAGCGCAUGGAACAUAAUCUAGCUACUGGGGCUGGCAUCGUUAAUGGAGGGUGUAGUCCAGCGUAAAAUGAUCAGUGGAUGUAAAUUUGAUAUGUUUU